AUUUGCUUCAAUCUGGUGGACCAUGUCAACAGUAUCGAAGCGAAGCCACCAUGUUCCUGCGUGCUUUCACGCUACCCAGUAGACUUUCCCGUCCAUCACAUGCCGGUUUGUCAAGCGAGAGCGAGUGCGAGUGCGCGCUCUGCCUUCAUGCGAACCCCUCGCCGAAGCUAGUUUCCCAGUCCCAUUUCCUGCGUCUUCCAGGCCGCCAAGCGCCAUGAAUGCGCGCAUCAAGACUAUUAUCGCUGAGGCCCAGUUCGGCUCCGGCGGCGGCUACGACAACAGCAGUGGUGGUGGUAGCAGCCCGGCCUCGUCUGGCCACUCGGAGAGCGACGGCUCCAGCAGUCCCGACGAGUUCUGCAACGACCUGCGUGAGUUCUGGCGCCACGCCUCCCCUCUCUCCUCCUCCGUCCGCGAUGAAGUCGACCGCGACCGUAUCCGCCCGGUUUCGGUGUCGUCCCCUCGCGUCCCCGACGACAUCCAGCACCAACAGCGCAUGCUCCUCCUCCUCCCAGCCUUCGCCUCCCCAGCCAUAGCCGCUGUACGCGCCGAAGCGUUGUUUUACUGGCUCUCUGGGUUUGAUGUCGGCUGGGUGAUGGACAUGGACGCGUCCGGCAGGGGCGGCGAGAGUCUCACGCGGCGAGAAGUUGGGAGACGGGUCAGGGCGUGGGCGCAGGCGCUGAGCACCAUGGAGCGCGUCUUCCGCCUCCGGCACCGAGAGUUCACGCCCGCGCAGAGGACCGCUCUGGGGGAACUCGCGGUCGCGAGCGCCGGCGCGAUGCUGAAACUGGCUGGCGCCGUGGCCGCGCUCGAGAGCUCCCCGUCGAAGCUGCUCGCGGCGCUCGACGUGUACGUCUCGGUCUCGGAGACGUACCCCGUCCUCGCGAGGCUGUUCUCUUGGGGUCCUUCCCACCCUGUCUCGGCUGCCACCGAGACCAUGCUCGCAGGCCUGGUGGACGCGGUCCAGCGCUGCGGGCGCGACCUCAAGGCAUUCAUAAGGUCGCACUACCAGUGGCGGAUGCCGCAGAGCGGCGAGGUGCACCCGUGCGUCGGGUUCUGGAUGGGCUACUUCCGCUGCAUGAUGCGCAACCGCGUCUCUCUCUACUUCGUCCUCGGCAACGAAGACGGCGACGGCGGCCUCAGCCUGGUUGCAGAGCUGAUCUCGUGCCUGGAAGCAGUGCUUGAGGAGAAGUCCGCGGCGCUCGCGUUCCCGGCGCUGCGUCAGGUGUUCAUGCUCAACAACACGUGCGCCAUCAUGCGCCGCGCCGUGGGCUCCGACCUCGAGGUGUUCCUGCCUCCGGAGUGGGUCCGUGCCCGCGAGGAGCGCAUGGAAGGCUACAUCAAGGGCUACAUGGACGCGUCCUGGGCGCCCGCCGUGUCGCGCUUGGACGGCGGCCGCACUAAGCCGUCCGCCGUCUCCCGGCGUCGGCACCAGUUGGUCGCGUUCUACUCGUUGUUUGAGAACGCCUGCAGCGCGCAGAGAUGCUGGAAGGUGCCCGACCCGGUGCUCCGGUGCGUCCUCCGGAAGACAGUGUCGGAGAGUGUCGUGCCGGCGUAUCGCCGGUAUCUGGAGGACCAUCCGGAGGUUGAAGUGGCCGUCGGGCGCACCGCGGAGGAGAUGGAGCAUCAGUUGUCGGACUUGUUUGAAGGAUAGAAGACGGGAUGUUUCGCUGAAGCUGCGCCGACGGAGGUGUACAACGAAACAGAGUGAUAGCACAUGUUCAGUAGCUUGCUGUAUCGGAAACAGAGACCUUUCGACCGACUUGUGCCAACCUCUGUUCUUUGGGUUGAACUCAGAAUUUUUCCGUUUGUGUGUACGCGCCAUCCAGGGGCGGAGCUUCUUGAUGGUAAAAAGGGGCCAUGGACCGACUUGCAGCUAUGAAUUAGUUUCUGCAUCGCGCCGGCGCUCGAGGCCGCGAGCUCCCCUAGAGCCGCCACCUGCGCGUCCGUGAGCUCCCGGUGCCGGAGGCGGAACACGCGCUCCAUGGUGCUCAGCGCCUGCGCCCACGCCGUGACCCUCCUCCCAACUUCCCGCCGCGGGAGGCUUUCACCGCCCCUCCUGGACUCGUCCAUGUCCAGCACCCAGCCGACGUCAAACCCGGCGAGGCAGCGAGACAACAGACAAGGCGUCAGCGCGCGCUCCGGUGCCGGUGGGGGAGAAGGCGGGGAGGAGCAGGAGAAUGCGCUGUUGGUGCUCGUCGAUGUCGUCGAGGAUGCACGCGGACGACACCGAGACCAGGCGGAGACUGUUGCGGUCGACUUCGUCGGGGACGAAGGAGGCAGAAGAGGAGUCAGAUCCUUGGCGCCGGAACUCGGCAGACGCAGAACUCGUCGGCGGUGCUGCUGAAGCCGUCGCUCUCCGAGGGACCAGAGUGGGAGGAAGCCGGGCUGCUGCCACCGCUGCUGUUGUUUUCAUAGCCACCGUCGUCGCCGAUCCGGACAUCCUCGAUCUUGACGAGCGCGUACAUGGCGAUUACGCUCGCCGGCCUAGAAGAUGGGGACAAUUAGCUUCCAACGAGGCGCUCACGUGCAGGCAGCGCGCGCGCUCGUGGCAAACCGGCAAGUGAUCAACGCACGCAGGAACAGGAUUAGGCGGGCCGGGGCGGAAGAAGAGGUGAAACUGCGAGGCGCCGUCGCGGUCGCUUCGCAUUCCGCCCUGCAGCUCCUUCUGCUACGUCUACGUGCGAGCGUGGCCGGCCGUGCCAUUGUCUGGUGCGCGCGCUCAGCGCGAGUCUUGUGCUUCAUCCUCUGCUUCCACGCGGUUUUCCAAUUGGUGCCCAAACUUGCCACUGAGCACUCCCACUGGGUUAUCUGCCAGCUCUCCACUGGACCGAGACUGGACUAAUCAUUUAUCAAUCCAAGCACGGAGACUUAGACAAUUCACAGAAGAACCACGAGCGUGGACUUGAGGAGCGAGUCUUCCACACCAACAAAGCAGCCCUUCGCUUUCGGUUUUUUUCAUCUCCCCUGCCGCUGCCAGACAGUGUGAUUGCUCCGAUCCGGUGUGACAGGAUAUCCCUCCAUAUACACAUAAAGUACGUGUAUUUCUCGUUAUUCAUAUUUUCAUGGUAAAAAAUGAGAUUAUAUUAAAUUUUUAUGAUAUUUUGUUA